CUUACUCUCAGUUGCAGUAGAAAUCCAGCCUAUACGCAGCACGCUCCUGAGUUCGCGGUCACCUUUGCGGACUUUAUUAUAGCCGACCACGUCGCGUCAUCAACAUGGGUUUAUCAUCAGGCUAUAAUUGAGAUACACCCUAAAAUGAAGAGGCGCCGGGGACCGGAGUCUUCGCAUAACAACAUGCGGCCUUCUAUAGCCCUGUAACCCGCACUCUGACGUUCGCUGCCAUCGUCGACGGGCUCUUCAGACCAGCCAUGGGCUGCAGCUCCUCAAUUGCGGCCAAGAAUCAGCUGCCAGAGUCAGACAAAUCCACUUUAGAGCGCAUCCGGACUCCUUCUGGCACAGCGGAGGACGGGCCAAUCGACCCUGAGGCGCUUUGGGUCUUUGAGGAGACAAAGGAGCUUGUCAAAGAGCACUAUGCCUUUGGCCGAAUCCUUGGCAAGGGACAAUUUGGCACAUGCCGCACGGUCACGCAUAAGACCACAGGCAAGAAGUAUGCCUGCAAGACUAUUGCGAAGCGGCGCCUCUUCAAUAUGAGCGACGUCAACGACGUGCGGCGAGAGGUGCAGAUCAUGUACCACCUGCAGGGCCAUCCAAGCAUCGUCAGCAUCAUAGAGGUGUACGAAGACAAGACCAAUGUGCACAUCGUGGAGGAGCUGUGCAGCGGCGGCGAACUGUUCGAUUCCAUCAUUGAGCGCGGGCACUACUCGGAGAAGGACGCGGCCCGGGCGUUCCGGCACAUUGCCACCGUGGUGGCGCACUGCCACAACAUGGGCGUCAUGCACCGGGACAUAAAGCCGGAGAACUUCCUCCUCAGCAGUCGCGACCCAGAUGCCCUGGUGAAGGGCACGGACUUCGGCUUGGGUGUGUUCUUUAGCGAGGGCCAGACCUUCAAAGACGUGGUGGGCUCGGCCUUCUACGUUGCGCCCGAGGUGCUGCGUAAAAAGUACGACAAGCGUGCCGACAUCUGGAGCCUGGGCGUGCUGCUGUAUCUGCUGCUGGCGGGUGUGCCGCCCUUCUACGCGGAGACGGAGCGGGAGAUCUUCCGGGCGGUGCUGUCCGCGCCGCUGGACUUCACCUCUGCGCCGUGGCCGUCCGUGAGCGAGGCCGCCAAGGACGUCAUCAGGCGUAUGCUGGAGCGGGACCCGUCCAAACGCAUCUCCAUUGCCGACGUGUUGGCGCACGAGUGGGUGCGCGAGGACGGCGCGGCGCGCGCCGCGCCGCUGCAGCACGAGGUGUUGGUGCGGCUGCAGAACUUCGCGGCGCUCAACAAGCUGCAGCAGGAGGCUCUCAAGAUCAUCGCCAACAGCCUGCCGGAGAACGAGGUGUCCGGGCUGCGGUCGCUGUUUAUGGACAUAGACGCGGACGGCAGCGGCAGCAUCACCGUGGACGAGCUGCGAGAGGCUCUGAUGAAGAAGGGCACCAACAUCCCGGCGGAGGAGUUGGAACGCAUCAUGGCACAGGCCGACAUCUCGGGAGACGGCACACUGGACUACGAGGAGUUUCUGGCCGCCACAAUGAACCUGGCCAAACUAGAGCACGAGGAGCACCUGUACAUGGCCUUCCGCUUCUUUGACGCCAACGACGACGGAUUCAUUGACCACGACGAGCUGGUCACCGCACUCGAGAAGAUCUGCUCGUCGGCGGAGAUCAACGAGCUUUUGCAGCAGGCCGACACCAGCGGUGACGGCCAAAUCGACUUCGAGGAAUUCUGCCACCUCAUGCGCUGUGGCAACUCGGCCCUCACAAAGGCCACCACGACUGUCAAGCAGGGCCUUAUGGGCACUGUGCGGUCACAGGCGGUGCUCGACCUCACAAAGCUGCGGGCGCAGAGCUUGGCGGCGGCUGCGGCCGGCGGGGACAGCGAGGUCAAGGAGCAGCUGCUCACCACCAUGAUGUCCAUGACUGCCAAACGCAGCCGCCGACACCUGGCGCAGCCCUCGCACGCGGGCGCCUCUAAGGCCCCCAGCUCCGUCGCCAUGGCCUCAAGUGCGGUGGCCUCGGCCUUGAACUUGGCGUCAGUGAACGGCGACACCAGCGUCAGGCGCGGCGGGCUGAGCCCCUUGGCGCCGGCCGGCGGGCCGGCACCACGGAAGCUGACGCAGCGGCGGCUCAGUGAGGAGGCGGAGUACGCGUGCCGCACGGCGAUGGGCAUGUUGGGCGGGGCGCAAGGGGGCUCGUCAACGGGGCCGUCGGGCGGCAGCGGGCACAACAGCCGGGACGCGCGGAAGCCGGGUGCAGCUGCUGCCGCUGCCUCGCCUGGGCCGUCCGGCGCACACGGCGGCGCUUCGGCGCCGCUGCUGCAGCGGCAGGGCAGCGAGCAGCCGCCACACGCCGCCAGCCCCGGCGGCAGCGGGCCAGGCGGCCGCGGCAUCAGCGGGGACGGCCAGGGGCCCGCGUCGACAGCAGCAAAUGGCGUCCGUGGCGGCAGGGCCAGCGUUGCGUUCGCAGUCUCAGCACUGAGCGACGCGGGCCCGAGCGGCGGUACGAAAGGCGGCGUUGGCAGCUGCGGCGGCGAGGCCGGCGACCUCGUGAUGGCGGUGGAGGGGACGGCGGACCACGCGCGCGCGGAGAGCGGGUACCACAACGUGCGGCGUGCCGGCGGCGGCGUGGCCGGCGGCGACAGUGAGGACCUGGAGGAGGAGCUGGCGAGCAUCGACGUCAUCAAAGCCAUGUCCUUCAAGUCCAUAAAGACGAAUGGUGGCGAGGACGCCGACGAGGACGAUGCCAACGGGGGAGACGGCCGGCCGGUCGCGCCAUCGGCAGCGAGUUCCCAGCUGCAGCGUGUGCGUGUCAGCGGGGCUGGGGCUGCAAUGGCUGCAACCGCGCCCGCGCUGGGUGUCGGGGGUAGGCUGAGUCCCUUCUCCCAUCCGGGAGGCGCCAUGGGUGGUGGCGGCGGCGGCGGUGUGGAUGGGGACGUGUUGAUGGACAUGCCGGGAGCCAUUGGCGGCGGUGGCGGCGGCGGCACUGCCCCCAGGUCGAUCAGCGGCGGCAACGCUAGCCAGCGGUCCGUUCGGAGCAACAACGGCGGCGGUGCCGGAGAUGGGACCGGAGGCUGGCGGGCUCAGCACGGACUGCCCGCAUCCGCCGCCGCCAGUCCAGUAAUUACUGCCGCCGCCGCAGCGCACGCGGCCAUGCUUGGCGGCGCGAGCUGGGACGGCACGCAUGGCCGCGGCGGCGGCAGCCACACCGGCAUGGCGGCGGCGGGCGCAAUGCGCACAGCCAAGACGGGCGGAGCUUGGGACAGCCCCGACCAGAGCACUCAAUCAAGCGACCUUGCUGGGAUGGCCGUCAAGGGCGGCGGGCGGCAGAGCGCAGCGGGGGGCGACGGAGGAGGGUGGCGUGCCUCGAACGGCACAGUCGCGUGGCAGGGAAGCUAGCCCCGCGAUGGUCCGGCUGUGGCCUUUGUGCACAAAGUGCUACAGCCGGGACCACCAGUGUGGGUGUUAAUACGUUGACGUGACCAUUCUUUGGGCUUCUGAGCAAGGGGCCAGCACUGUAGGUGACGCCUGUGCGCUUUUGUUGCGCAUUCGUCGGUGACCUGGGGCCAGCACUGUAGGUUGGUCCUGUCUUAGCGCUAGCCCUCUUACACCGUCCUGAGUGGUCGUCUGUCCUAGGCGCAAACUCAACACAUUGCUUCGGCGUGUGGGGAAGCGGCGUUGGCGAGAGCCAUGGAUGGCCCUAUUACCGUGGGGGCAUGUCGCACCCGUGGAGGGCACUGUACACUCAAGCAAAUGUGCACGCACUUCUACCAGGAGCACUCGCUUGACCUCGUUGGGGGCGCAAUGUUGAUAAUGGCCGACGCCGUGUUGAUGGCCGAUUUGGGGAUAGUAAUUGUUAUGCUAUGUGCGGGGAAGAUGUGUUUGCCUCGCGGGAUUGCGGGGUUGGCGUUAUCGCCGGACAACGUUGGAAGACGUGUUUGUCAUUCCUGUGUAGAUGAAAGAUACGGGCCACGUGCCCAUGCCGAUUGCAAUACGGCAUACGUUGAGAGGGCACACAAUGGUGGUGCAGGGCCUCAGGGACUCUGCACGCUCUGCAUGAUCUGCUGCGGUGCACCUUGCUAGUCCAUGCGUGCAUUGCUCAGCGAGCAAGUGUGUAAACACUACACGCAUCCUUACACUCAAUCGGGCCGUAACACUGAACAGGAAGUCACGCACUGUCUCGGGAUUGACUAGUGUUGCGGAACUAAUGCGUGGGGUUAGAGGCGGAGGACCGGAGGCCCCGAAGGGGCCGGAGGGAAUGAAGCCUCUAAGCGA